AUGGCUGGUUUCGAUCUUCUUACUGGAUCUCCUGAGCACGCUGCUGCUUAUCAGGCUUUGAUCAAUGCUUCCUACAAUAUUCGAACGCAUACCAAUACCGCUGGAGGCAAUGAAGAUCAAGCUAUUUUUCCCAGUUCUGUCUAUUGCCCUGGUACUGCCCGGAACGCUCAGCAGAACAUCAACAACCAUCAGAAUGGCAGCAACAACUUCAACCACAAGUUGGACACGGAUCCUGCGACUCAAGCGACUUUGCUCCAAGGCAUGGCCCGGAUUGAUCUCACUCAUAUCAAUGCCAUUGGACCAGAUAGCCUUCGCACCAUUGUUGGAAACGCCCAUGUUCACCCGCGAGUUGGCUCAUCUUCUAGUCAUGGCUCUUCAAGCACCGACCGGCUCUCCGUCUCGUCCGGUACCCGUCAAAUUCCAGCUUACUACUACAAGGCCACCGACUAUCAAUCUUCUGAGAAGACGGGAAACGAUAAGGGUAAGGGCAGCGAGAAGACAAACUCCUCUCCUCCCACCACUAUUUCCCCCGAUUCCACUUCUGCAAACGACGGCAGCUCCAACGCCAAGACUCAAGGCCAGAAGCUCAAUGCACCAGAUAGAACUCCUGACAGAGUCCCUGGUUGGGGUUUACCUCGUUUCCGCGGCCAAGUCUUGCCUGUUCGGGAGCCCGUGAAUGCUGAUUCACAAAGCAACUUCCCAGGCGGACCUUGUGCGAAUUUGAGCGGUCAGGUGCAGCCACAGUCGCAGCAGUCUGGCUCCGCGCCAAGCCUAAAUCGAGAUUUCAUCCCUCAGCCAGGUGUUGGGAUGCCUUCAACCCACCGCAAUGGCACAAAGCCUCUCAAUAGCCAAGCUCCCAUCGGAACAGGUCGUUGGGGCCAUCAUCCCCUGCGGGAGUUGCUCACUCCUCAAGCCACGUCUGUCUGGUCUCAGCAGAACCCUCGGCCUGCGGUUGCUCAGAAGGGCUUCCAAUCUUACGCCCCGGUUGGCGAGUUUCGACCAAUGAACGCCAUCACUCGAACCUUCCUCCGCCCCGAGUGCGACCCCCAGAAGGAUCUCAAAAUGGCCCAGGGUGUCUCGGCUAACUACAAGGGCGAUGCUUUGAACCCGCGCAACCUUUCGGAUGACAUUCCAGAGUGCAAGAAUGUCUCCUUUUUCUUGACCAACCUCCCAGCGGACGUCACCUACAGCCAGCUUCUAGGUCAAAUUCGCGGUAUGGGACGCGUCUGGGCAACUGUGAUCAAUCCUCCUGAUGGUCAUGAGCAUUUCACCUCGGCCGCCAAGUUGGUGUUCUUCGAACUGGCUGCGGCUCAGCGCUUCUAUGCCCACUGUAGAAACCCGGCCCGUCGUCUCAUCAUCAGCAGCUACGCGGUCAAAAUUGUUCGCAACCGGGUUCGAAAGGCAGAGGAAGACGUUGGCGGCUAUCACUCUCGUGUUCUGGUUGUCACGGGCGAGUUAUCCUUUGUCAAUAAGGACACUCUGCUGCGUUACUUCCGCACGAAGCUCGAUUUUGACACCGAGGAUGUCAUUGCCCAUGUUCAAGACCCUCAGACUGGAAUGGGAGAGCUUGAAAUCCGGUUCGCCUGUUAUCGAAACCAGUCUGAGUCUGCUCGUCAAGCGCUGAGCAAGGAGUAUCCUCCCGGUGCUACCCUUCCAGACGGCAGGAUGUCUCCAAUCUGGGAGCUUAGAUACGGCGUCGACCCUUGUUCUAUCUGA